AUGACCGCAUUUUAUGGGUGUGGAUUUACUGAAUUCACCGUUCCAGAUACAGUUGUUAGUAUCGGUGAUUUAGCCUUCGGAAAAAAUCUUAAACUGAAAAAAUUCACAAUUGGAAAAGGUAUUUAUAAAUUAUCAGAGAGAUGGUUCUCUACUCCAAAACAAUUGACAGUUGUCAUUCCACCUAAUGUGAAGGAUAUUAAUCCAUCUGCCUUUGAAGGAAUUGAUUCUGUUAAGAUUGAAUUCUCCUCAGAUAAUCAGAUAUAUAGUGCAACUGAUAAUUCUAUAAUUAGUAAAAUUGGCAACACUUUAGUUGGAACAGUAGGUUUAUUGGGCAAAGUCUACGAACUUCAUGAGAUAGUUCGAAGUAUAUCUGAAGGGGCAAUUAUUAGACGUAGACCUUAUGGCUCAACAGCUGUAUGGAAAGAAAUGAAAGAUGGUAUUGCAGAAGCUGCAAUUAUUAAGAUGCCAAGCAAUUUAAUUGCGAUCAAAGAUCAACCAAGUCUCUAUGUUCAAAGCGCUUGCUAUGAGGGCGAAUAUUCAAUAUCAUCAGGAUUUUCACCUUUAGAAAGUUUUACAACAGAAAAGUAUCUUUAUGAAACUUUCCUAGGUAAUACAGCAAGUAACCAAAAAUGCUCCACUUCCUUAAGUGACGGUUAUAAGUGGAGACACAUUAUCGGAAUGUCAUCAGCUGAAAUAGGAUUAACAGCAGCAAUUGUUGUGUUGGGAGUUUUGCUGAUAGUAGUAAUAAUCCUUUACUUCGUUUGCCCAAGGGACAAACUUUCAUCAGCAGCCGACGAUGCUGUAUAA